AGUUCCAUUCCAAACAAACAAAAUUAUACCUUAAAUUUUUGCUUUGGAAAACAGUAAGUGCCCAAGUACCUCUGAGCUCCAAUCGACCAACUAUGCUCAGCUUCCAUGCAUAGAAGUCGUUUAAUCUUCUUACCAAGGUUUACAAAAUUUUAAGGAGAAAAAUAAAAAAAUGGAUGGUGCAGAGGAUAACAGUUUGAACAUAUACAAAAUAUGUAGAAAAAUAAAGAGAACGGAUCAGUCUCUUUACAAUGCUCUCCGAUCCAUCUAUCAGGACUCUCUGUUCGUUUCAGAGAUUAGAAGGUUGUGGCCCGAGCUUCCUCUGAUGGCGAAUUUGAGAUGCGGGUUGUGGUAUUCCCAGCAGUUUGAUGACACCUGCUAUUUCAAGUCAACUGAUGGCCACACUGGCAACUGGUCUUUCAACCCCAUCCGCCUCAACAUUCAUGUCGCUACCAUUGCUGCGGAGAAAGGAGGAUGUAUCAUUGUGGAUGCAACGAGGAAAGGCAAACGGUUUCCAGAUAGUAUGUCAAAGACAAUACCGAUAUGGAUAUGUGUUCUAAAUCGAGCAAUUCAAGAUUUUCGUCGUGCCAAUCUGACAAAAUGUUCUGAAGCUUUACAGUCAACAUGCUCUGAAAUGUCAAAUGUUCAAGAUUGCCAACAUCAGAGGAUGAAUUAUGCAGAUGGGAACGCUGAACCAAACCUUUACCAGCAUAGAAAGGCAUUUGUAAAUAAAUUAGAUGAUUGGGAUUGUUCAUUGCAUCUUCCAUUGUGGGUUUCUGACAGCGAAAAGGCUAAUAUAGAGAGUCGUAUUGAGGGAUGGACAAAAAUAUUGGAAGCUACUGGCACUGAUUUAAUGUUUCUUGCCAAAUCUCUAAGAAGACCUUUGCGCCCACUAUGGAUAUCUCAGAAGACUGUUAUUUGGCUUAAUGAAGUCCCUGAUUUGGAUUCUUGGGAUUUUACUCCUGUUAUUCUUGUUUCUGCAUCAAGUUCUAUGGAAAACACUAAGAGAAUGAGUGAUGAUGAGUACAGUUGGAGGUAUAUCCCAGGAGCUGCAGAUGAUGAAGAAAGCUGGGCACGUGUAUUGUCACCUAGCCUGUUUUGGAAACAUUCUUUUGAUCUUAUUUCUGGUGGACCGGAGGCAUGUAACAAAAUGGUUGCAGAUAUUGUAGAACGGGAUAGGGUAUAUCGAGCUCAAAGAGGGCAGGAGGCUUUGCAGAUCAAACUUAAACUGAAGAAAAUAACAACCGAUGUAAUUAAUCAUUUGGAGGAAGGAUUUAAUGCUGAAUUCCAAUCUGUUGUAAAUACUGAGGGAAGGUUUUUCUCUGUAGAGAGAACUGGAAAGCCGGAUCAACAUGGAAUUCAGCAACUACCCCAGGGACAAUUCAAUCUUUAUUGGAUAGGAACUACUAGACUUGCAAUUUCAACCAGCGAAUAUGCUCGGUUAGGAGAUGGAUCUGGGCAGUUUGACAGUAUACUAAAUUGUGACACUACUAGCUUUCUUCCACGUAAUGGUGAAGACACAUUUAUUCAUUUGCCUAUUCUGGGUUCUAAAUUUGAUCGUUUUGACUUGCAAAAUAAUCUUCCUUCAGCAGUAGAAUUUGCAAGGAAAAAAUUAGAGAGGGGACAAACACUUCUAGUUUGUUGCUCCAAUGGUGAAGACAUAAGCGUGUGCAUAUGUUUGGCGAUCCUUAUGUCUUUGUUUGAUGUUAAAGGAACCUUUGAUAAUGGAAGGAGUUUUGGAAGUACAGCGGUUUCUAAAUGGGAUGUUCGGCGACAACUUGUUUACAUUUGCAAUUUUGCUACUAAUGCAAGACCAUCACGUGGAAACCUGAGACAAGUCUUUAACUUCUUAAUAAGAGAAUAGUGAUUCGUAGUCUGAUUGAUUAUUUUUUUGAUUACUUUUGCUUUUAAUGUUUUACUUUAAAAAAAAAAAAUUCAAACCACGCAGAUUUUACCCUUAGUGGGCAAAGAUCCCCUUAGUUACAGUUAAAGCUUGCUCCCUUUAAUUAAUCAGUUUUUGAGCAAUUUUUUAAUUAGUAAAGUUCCAAGAAA